GUGCCUGGUCAAAGUGUUCACAGUCGCUGUAAGUCAUCAGCAACCAUGAACCCUUGAGCAACCCUAGCUGGCUUGCAUUCUGCCACUCCCAAUUUUGCGUCAUCCGAAGCUUCAUUCUAUCUAUCGACAUAUCGACUUUGUGCCUCGCCUGAUCCAAUUGCCUUAUUGUAAUUCAAGUCAGCAUUUGUCACGUUAUCGUCUGCCGCUCGACAAACGACUACAUGUCUCUCAGUGAUACAACAAAGACUUUCGAUAGCGACCAGGAGAACUCCGCACAGAACCCUAUCGUCUCUACUACAAACAUGAGCCCUACUGCUACGGCAGACGCCGCACCUGUCAUUUUGAAGAGGCCGGUUGAGUUGUCGCCGUCAAGUGAGGAACCGAUUGUUGUUAACGAUGAUCUAUCUACACCAUUCGAUGGAAGCGUCAAAUCAGCGUCCCCAACCCCAUCUGAAGGAUCAAAUGCGGAAGAAGUUGUGACCGCGGAUAAUGAAUGGGGGUUGGACAGUAUACUCCUGACCGCCGUGCAAAGCUCGAAGGACCGAUUGUUCGUGCUAAGGACGGAAAAGGAGUGUGCGGACUUCAUACAUGAUGAAUCGCAAACCACAUUGGAGUUCCCGCACAUGAACUCGUAUCAGCGACUUCUGACACACCGAAUCGCUGUGCACUUUAAGUUGGAGCAUGUCUCGGACGCUAGCCGUCGUGGAGUGGUAUUGUACAAGGGCUCUGGCACUGCAAUACCGGAACUGAACCUUAGCGACAUCCCGGUGAACGAUGCGGUAGUGGCGCCGACGCAAACGGCGUCGUUCAAGAUUAUGAAACGACAUCACAAUCACCAUGGACGAUCGUCUAGGCAUUCGAGCACAGAUAGCGGAUCAGAGAAUGGGAUCGGUGGGGGUCCGAAGACUUUGGAGGAGCGGGAAGCGGCAUAUCAAGCAGCUAGGGCACGAAUUUUCCAGGAUGAUGCGGGAUCGGAUGCGUCGAGCAACUCGCGCACGUCAGGUCAAUCGACGUCCGCCAGCACGGGGAAGAGUGCUAUGCGCAAUGGAAAGGGAACAGGACGAAAUCAGAAUGCGAGACCUCGGCAUACCAAUCAAGCGGGUAUGGGGCGGCAUAGAAUGCCGCAUGGCCUUACACAUGGCGGUGUUCCAUCAGCGUUGACGCAAAUACCGAUGGGUGACGUGAGCAGGGGAACCACAUACUACCCGUACGAGCCGACUGGGAGAAAUCAACACAUGGCAUCAAACACAGCUCCACCAUAUCGAGGAGGUGCACCACCAUACGUCCCACAAUACCCAGGGCUGAAUCAGGGGGUCCCUUCCUCGAACUACAAUGCACCCUACGGCGUACCCCAGCAUCAAAAUUACACGCAAGCCAACCCCUAUGCGGAUUGGAACCCAUCCACUUACCCAGGGUAUUCAGGCGUGCCAAUGGGAAACUCAGGUUCGAGAACAGGCCGAGAGCCAAGGCGGCCCGAUGCGUAUUUACCGGGGAUGGGAGCUCCCGGGGUAGGGUACAAUGCGGAUUUGGGGACGUCGGGCAACCUAAGUUACCAUCAGUUUACCGCACCACCGCUCCAGAACCCGCGAUUGCAUGCACCAUUUUUCCUCGCAGUAUCCAGCAUUGAAAUCUGACGGUGUUGCGUUGCACUACUUACCAAAUCGGUCUCCCUACGAAACAACGGGGACAAUACCGCCGCCGGGAUCCCGCCAGCAGGACGCGGCCCGAUCUGGCGGCGGCCAGCCAGCACUCGACGCGCCAUUCGCAGGGGAUACUAACUAUCACCCCUGGGAAGCUCCGGUGGGUCGCGAAGGGUCGCACUUCGGGCCAGAUUC